CCCGCCUCUUCGCAGAUCUGAAGGAUGCGGCGGAGUAGAUGGAGGAGGAGGAGGAGGAGAUGAAAGACUGGAAGGCGGAGAACAGCAUGAACUGGACGGAAAACAGGGAGGAUGCGGAUUACUGUAGCCUGCCGGUCAGUCUGCCUUCUGCCGAUGCUUUCGGUUGUUUAGCACCAAGAUGUCCGGGUAAAGAGCCCCAGGCCUGCGGUCAGUUCAUACACCGACGCGUGAUUAAUGCAGCGAGCGGAGCUGGGCGUUAAUUGCGAGGACGGUUGUGGUUAGUGCGUGAUUUAAUGGAAUAAAUGAUUUAAUUUCAACUUAAAAACAGACCAAUCAGACCGAAUCUUGUGCCUUUCCGUAUUGUGGGUCAACUGCCAUAAUGGUUUUAGCAUCAUCCCCACCUGACCUGUUCUCCAGCGCCGCUUCGCUCCUGAUGCCAAACUGAGCGCAGCGCCGCCACUCAGACACAGCAGAGAUUCUAACGGCUACUAAUAAACAUGGAGGCUCCGCUGCAGCCGCGCGGCUUCGCUGCGCUCUUCUUAUGGACCGCGCUGUGCCUGCUGGGCUGCGGGCAACCCGCGCCGGACUCUCCGGGCCUGUCUCGAGCCAUCCGCGUGCCACUGCGGCAAGGUGCGCGCGCUGAGCCGCCUGCCGCUGCCUGGAGACGCGGCGCCGCGAGCGCUUCUCCGGCGCGCAGGCGGAGAGGAGCCGCGGAGGGUGGUGCCAGCUUUGUGGACAUGAUCGACAACCUGCGUGGGAAAUCCGGGCAGGGAUAUUACGUGGAGAUGGCCGUGGGCUCCCCCCCACAGAAGUUGAACAUCCUGGUGGACACAGGAAGCAGCAACUUUGCUGUGGGGGCGGCUGCACAUCCCUUCCUGCGCAGAUACUACCAUCGCUCACUCUCCAGCUCAUACCGAGACCUGGGCAGGAAUGUGUACGUUCCCUACACUCAGGGCCGCUGGGAGGGGGAGCUGGGCACCGACCUGGUCUCUGUGCCACACGGCCCUAAUGCCACGCUGCGUGCCAACGUCGCUGCAAUCACCCAGUCAGACCGCUUCUUCAUCAACGGAUCAAACUGGGAAGGAAUCCUGGGGCUUGCCUAUGCCGAUAUAGCUCGACCGGAUGAGACGCUGGAGCCUUUCUUUGACUCGUUGGUUCGCCAGACUUCUGUUCCCGACCUCUUCUCUCUCCAACUGUGCGGCGCGGGCUUCACCCAGAACCAGUCCCUGGGAAGCUCCACCGUUGGCGGCAGCAUGAUCAUCGGUGGGGUGGACUCCUCACUGUAUGUUGGAGAGCUUUGGUACACUCCCAUCCGCCGGGAGUGGUACUACGAGGUCAUUAUCGUUCGGAUUGAGGUGAACGGGCAGGACCUCAACAUGGACUGUAAAGAGUACAACUAUGACAAGAGCAUCGUUGACAGUGGAACCACCAACCUUCGACUUCCAAGGAAAGUCUUCCAGGCUGCGGUGAAGGCUAUCAAAGCCGCCUCCUCGACAGAGCAGUUUCCCUCUGGGUUCUGGCUCGGGGAGCAGCUGGUAUGCUGGCCAGCCGGCACUACGCCCUGGCACAUCUUUCCAGUGAUCUCCCUCUAUCUGAUGAGCGAAAACCGCAACCAGUCCUUCAGAAUAUCCAUCCUACCCCAGCAAUACCUGCGGCCAGUGGUGGAUGUCGCCUCGGAGGACUGCUAUAAGUUUGCCGUGUCUCAGUCCAGCACCGGGACAGUGAUGGGAGCCGUCAUCAUGGAGGGCUUCUACGUCGUAUUCGACCGAGAGAAGAAACGCAUCGGAUUCGCCGUCAGCACCUGCCAUGGUGAGCUGGAAAGAACAGAGAGGAUGAGGGAGGAGGAGACUGAAAGCUAUCGUGUUCCUCCAUUUUCAUGUAACAUUAGACAUGUUUUUUCUCAAAUGUUAUAUAAUAUUAGCACAUUACCAAAAGGUAAGCCUUUUUUUAAUGGGUAUGUUUAUUCAAGCUUUGCAUAUUUAGGGGCUAAAAUGUCUGCAACAUUAUUCAUUGUUAAUCAGCCCAGUCACUGUUAGGUUGAACAGACAUUU